AUGUUCUCUGCCGCCUUCUUCGUCCAGGUUCUCCUCGCCACCGCUGUAUUUGCCAUCCCUUCUGGGAAACAGCGCAUGGCAUCUCGCAGAUCCCGUCGUUCGGAGGUCACCCGCCAGAGCAAGCCCGUGAACCUCAUCGCCAACCCUCAGACUACCACUGUAACUAACGCCUCUCACGUUGAGUACAGCGAGAACUGGGCUGGUGCUGUAUUGGUCGCUAGCACUGCGACAUACAAGGCCGUCACGGGUACAUUCGUUGUCCCGACUCCCGAGUCCACUGGUGGAAGUAGCGAGCAAUGUGCUUCUGCCUGGGUCGGUAUCGACGGCGACACUUGCGACUCCGCUAUUUUGCAGACUGGUGUUGAUUUCUGUGUUACUGGAUCCUCUGUUUCCUAUGAUGGCUGGUAUGAAUUCUAUGUGACCUGGUAUGAAAUUACAUUCUUCUCUGUCGACAAUAACUACAUACUUACACACGCUGGUAUCUUGACCAACUUAGAUUCCGCUGAUGACUUCAGUGGUAUCUCUUUCUCUGCUGGUGACUCUGUCACCGUUACUGCCACGGUCAUCAGCACUACCGAGGGUACCUUGACAAUUGAGAAUAACACCAAGGGCACCACCGUGUCUAAGACCGUAUCUUCCUCCUCUAAGCUCUGUGAGUACAACGCGGAAUGGAUCGUCGAGGACUUUGAAGAAUGCGGUUCUACUUGCGAGCUCGUUCCAUUCGCCAAUUUUGGUACCGUCGAGUUCACCGGCGCGGAGGCGACCACUUCUUCUGGCACUGUUACACCUGCGGCUGCUACUCUCAUCGAUAUUGAACAGAGCAAGGUUUUGACUUCGGUCUCCCUUAGCGGCAGCAGUGUCAUUGUUUCUUAUGUCUAG